AUGGUUAAUCUAGCUGUACCACUAGCGUUGACGAGGCAAUCAUUGUACUAUAGUACAAUUCUCUUCUCGACUCUUGCUAUCUUGCUUCCGUUAUCCAUUUUAUCUUACUUGUACUUUUAUUCAACUUUGAUCCCCAUUCUGGUUUUGAGGGUCCCCAUCACUUUUUCUCCAAAAGAAAGUUUUCACGAAGAAAGGAGAGGCUAUGCAAAUCUAGAACCAUACAUCAAGGUAUUUGAGCAGACUCCAGACCUCAUGUAUUUAUUAUCUUUGAACUUGGACAUUAUAUGCUACUCUGAGAAAAACAGUAUUAGGUCGGUGAUCCAUAACGUAACCCUUGGCUCAUAUUCGGCCAGAUCAACAUUUGUACUCAACUGUGAAGAGGAUUACAUUUUCCACUCGAAUAAUCGGCUCAUUCCUUAUAAGCUACGCCAUUAUGUGUCUCCCCAAUUGACCGAUAUACGCAAGAUUGUAAAUGUCAAUUCUCAGUAUUCUUUGCAAAGUGGACGACAGAUAUCAGAGACUCUGUCAUAUAAUGCUAGAAUUGAUGUUCAUAGAAACACCGACGUUGACGAUAACCAUUCGUUUUUGGAAUUUUAUGUCCAGUGGGAUGGUAUUAGGUACUAUAUGGUGACAUACUAUAAAUCGUCCAUGUUAGUGGGUAUAAUUAUAUUCUGGGGGUUCAGCUCGUUUGUGUGUUUAUUGACAGCACUAGUAACAUGGACGAAAUACAACGAGCAAAAUGAACAAGAUUUCAGGAGAAACAUAAAAGUCAAGAAAGAGACCUGA